AUGUUGGCCACAGCCGGAGUCACCAGCCGAGGACCGGAAUUAAACCCGCACACUCGUCCUCACAUCCUCGCCGAUAGCGUUGUUCCCGUCCCAUCGGCCCCUCUCAAAGACAGCAAUGUAGCAGCCUAUGAGCCUCUCGUCUCGCCUGCACUUCUGAUCCACGAGUUCCCCAUUACCCCCGCCUCUCGACGCACGAUCGAGUCAGCCCGACAGGGGGCAGCGCAGAUCAUCCAGCGGAACGGCGACGACCGGCUGCUAGUCAUCGUGGGCCCCUGCUCCAUCCAUGAUACCGACGUGGCACGCGACUACGCCAUCCGUCUGCACGCUGCCAUCCAGGAACACGGGUGGGACAAGGAUCUCCUAAUCGUCAUGCGGGCCUACCUGGAAAAGCCGCGGACCACCGUGGGCUGGAAGGGUUUCCUCUACGAUCCAAACAUUGACUCCACCAAUCAGGUCAACCGGGGAUUGAAGCUGCAGAUUGCGCGUCAGUUGCUGCUCGACAUCACGGCGCUCGGCCUCCCCGUUGCCUGUGAGGUGCUCGACACCAUCUCCCCGCAGUUCCUGGCCGAUCUGUACUCCUGGGGGGCAGUGGGGGCGCGCACGACCGAGUCGCAGGUGCACCGACAGCUGGUCUCGGGCCUGUCGUUUCCCAUCGGCUUCAAGAACGGUUCCUCGGGGAAUAUCAAUAUCGCCCUUGACGGGAUGAAGAGCGCCGCGUCUCCACACUCGUUCUUAGGCGUUACCGAACAAGGUCUCGCAGCCAUCGUCCACACUAAAGGAAACCCUCAUCUCCACGUUAUCCACCGUGGAGGAGACAGCGGCCCCAACUUCGACGCUGCUUCUGUUGCGUCCACGGUGAAGGCUUACCCGAAGAACCUCCAGCCAAGUAUCAUGAUUGACGCGUCGCACGGCAACAGUCAAAAGGACUACCGUAACCAGCCCAAGGUGAUCGAUGCGAUCGCAGAACAGGUUGCUGCGGGGGAGCAGGCGAUCACCGGAGUCAUGAUCGAAAGUAACAUCAACGAGGGCAAGCAGGCUGCGCCACAGUCGGAGGAUGAGGUGCAGAAGCUCAAGUAUGGUGUCUCCAUUACGGAUGGCUGUGUUGGUUUUGAGACUACGGUGAAGAUGCUCCAGACGCUCAGCUUGGCUGUCCAGCAGCGACGGGCUGCAGUAUGUCAGGGUUGCGAGAAUCAGUCGACCUGUGAUGAGUCGUGCCCCGGCCCCAAUCCUGUCAAGGUGGCCAUGGCCCUCGAGCACCUCGGUCUGGACUACAACUGUGUUCCCCUUGGAUUUGGCGAGGGCAAAGGCACCGUCAAGGAUCCCGAAUACACCUCCAAGGUCAACCCCAACGGCCGAGUCCCCGGCCUGAUCGACCACCAGAACAACGAGUUUACCGUUUUUGAGAGUGCCGCUAUCCUAAGAUACUUGGCUGAGAAGUAUGACCCCAGCGGCAAACUCGCCGGCAACACCCCCGAGGAACGCGCCACCGUCAACCAGUGGCUCGCCUGGCAGGUGGCCGGUCUGGGCCCCUACCAGGGCCAGCUGGUCUGGUUCCUCGCCUUCCACGAGGGCGCCCACGGCGAGAAGGCCAACGCCUCUGUGAUUGCGCGCUACCAGGCCGAGGUUGAGCGUCUGCGGUCAGUGCUGGAGAAGCAUCUCGCGUCCGCGGAGAACGGGUUCGUUGCGCUGGGCCGCCUGACGAUUGCGGACUUUGCCAUCCUGCCCUGGUUGAAGAUCUCGGUUCUGGCUGGGUCUGCGCUCAAGCCGUUUGAGGAGUACCCGGCUAUUGAUGCUUACAUCAAGAAGCUGGAUGCACUGCCCGAAGUGCAGGCCGCUUACAAGAAGGCUGUGCCUCCUAUGCAGUAG